AUGGGUUUACUAGCUUUAGGAACGGCUCUUGAUUGGCCGGAUGCACAGCAGCAUGCACACCAGGUCAGGGAAUGGGGCAUCAAGCAACUCCUAGAGAUUUGGAAUAAGGCUAAGCAUAAGGAACGAGAUGCUAUGUUGUGGGGUGAUGAGAUAGAGUACUUGGUCGUGAAAUACUCCAAGGAUGAUCCUAAAGUUCUCCUUUCGCUUCGGCAAGCCGAUAUUCUCAAAGCCUUGGCGGCCGAUGAAGAACCUCCGAUAAAGGCGGAUGCGUCCCGGCACUACAGGAGCUCGAGUAAACCAUGGGGCAUCGGAUUCAAGGAACUUUUGGGCGUCGAGCCUGAUAUGAAAAACAGGAGGAAGAUAGCCAAGGAACACAUGCACGCUGAAGAGUAUCCCAUUACACUCACAACAUUCCCUCGCCUAGGUGUUCCGGGCGUCUUUACGGAUCCUUACUACCCACCAUCCGGGUCAAAACUUCGGUCGCAGUUCGUGCCGGACGAGAUUGCCAAUCCGCAUAUUCGGUUUCCAACACUAGCGGCGAAUAUCCGCUGGAGGCGCGGGCGGAAGGUUCAGGUGAAUGUUCCGGUAUUCCACGAUCAAAAGACGCCAGUUCCUUGGAAGGAUCCUACGGUGAACUAUGAUCUGCACAACUGGCCAGAGGACGACGAUGUGAGAAAUGGAGCAGCCCCGGAUAAUUUCAUCCACAUGGACGCUAUGGCAUUUGGAAUGGGAAGCUGCUGCUUACAGAUUACGUUCCAGGCGAAGAACAUCAUCGAGGGUAGAAGGAUGUAUGACCAGCUGAGUCCAAUUGGCCCCAUCAUGUUGGCUUUAACGGCAGCGACCCCUAUUUAUAAGGGGUUCCUAGCCGAUACCGAUGUUCGCUGGAACCAAAUCAGUCGAGCCGUAGAUGAUCGAACCCCUGAAGAAUUAGGAGAAAAGCCCCUGAAAACCAGCCGAUGGCGCAUACCCAAAUCGCGUUACGCAUCUAACUCCACGUAUAUAAGCACCGAUGAGCGCCUUCGACAGGAGUACUUCGAUCCUAACCUUGUUAUCGAUGAAGAUAUUAAGGCAGAGCUCCUCGAAGGUGGUAUGGACGAUCGUCUUGCGACACAUUUUGCGCACCUGUUUAUCCGGGAUCCUAUCGUAAUCUUCAGUGAAGAUCUAAAGGAACUUGACUUGACAAAGGCCGAUCAUUUCGAGAACAUCCAGAGUACCAACUGGCAACAUAUGCGGUUCAAGCCACCGCCACCAGGCUCUGAUAUCGGCUGGCGAGUUGAGUUUCGCCCAAUGGAGAUCCAGAUCACGGACUUCGAGAACGCGGCUUUUGCCGUCUUCAUGGUUCUAAUAACACGAGCGAUCCUAAGCUUCGACUUGAACUUCUAUAUCCCAAUCGUCAAGGUAGACGAGAACAUGGAGACCGCGCAUGCUAGAGACGCUGUCCUGGAGAAGAAAUUCUAUUUCCGGAAGAACCCAUUCCCGAACAGACCGGUGCGCAGCAGCGCUACGUCCCGCUCGGGCUCGCCCACGGCUAGCCGACCUCCCACACCCUUCGGGCCUGUCGAAGAUGAGUAUACGCUCAUGACGGUCGACGAGAUCAUCAAUGGUUCACAAUCGGACGAGCACAGCUUCCCGGGUCUUAUUCCUAUUGUCGAGAGCUACCUUGACUCCGUGAAUGUGGACGUACAGACGCGGUGCGAGCUCUCAACGUAUCUCGACCUUAUUCGUAUGCGCGCCAGCGGUGAGCUCUGGACGGCAGCGAAGUGGAUCCGACACUUCGUGGACAAGCACCCCGGGUACAACCACGACAGUGCCGUGACAGACGAGGUCAACAAGAGCCUCGUAAGCGCCGUUAUAGACAUCGGCGAUAGGGAGCAGCAAGGUAUGGGCUGGAAAGGCCUCCCAAUCCCUGACGUAGAGCACCUACUCGGGCGGUUCAGAAGCAGUGGAUGUGGAGGUUCAUAG